CUUCUCUGCACUUUACUCGGCAAGCUAUAAACAUACUAGGGAAGCAGGUGAAUCAAAGUGUGAUCUACCACCUUUGCGGCAGAAAUAGAACAUGUCUGGGACACCUGAUCUUCCUUCCCCGAAAGCUUUAGAGCAAACUGCUGUACAAAAGGGUGAACAAGAGCUUGAUACUCUGGUGGCAGAAGAUGCCGACUCGACCGAUUCCUCUGUCCGAUAUGCUGCUUAUCUGAGACGAAUAAGAGAUAUCGCUAGGGCCGGGUCUAGGUAUACUGCCUAUACAUCCGAUAUAGGUGAAGCUUUCCGACCUGUCGUCCCGCCUUAUCUCGUCACUCUCGCAUACGGAGUCUCCUGGGCAUAUCUCAUCGGUGACGUAUCAUUCACGACUUAUAAAUCAUCCCGAUUAGGUCCGACACCUAUAGAAGCUGCAAACAUGUCUGAACCUACUAGAUUAGCAUUAGUAGCUGUUAAACGUAGUGUUUUCCAAAGCGUCGCAUCUAUGGCUUUACCGGCAUUCACCAUACAUACCGCUGUUAAAUACGCAAGUAGGAGUUUGGCAAAGAGUGGGAAUGUUACAAUGAGGAGAUGGGGUCCAACCGCUGUUGGGAUUGGUUUGGUACCUGCUUUACCUUAUAUGUUUGAUGAACCUGUGGAACAUGUCGUGGAUUGGGGAUUUGAUAAACUUGAAGAAAGAUGGUUCCGAUCUGGCUUGAAGUCGAAGGUUGAGUGAAUUUUAUGGUUUCUGGUACCUUCAUUGAUCUUCUCUUCGAGCCCACUUUUUCUCCACAUGUUCAUCUAUGCUAGAUCAGAUACUGCCAUCUCUGUGACCUUCCCCGUCAUGAACUUUCGAGUUUUGUCUGAAGAGCUUUGCAAGUUUAGAAAUGGAAUAGAUGAUGCAGAUAAUGUACUUGUUUUU